AUGAGCGCUCCGCGUCGCUCUAGUCUAGGCAUGUUACUCCGACGCAGUAAAUCCGGUGACCUUGGGAAGGGCGGUAAGAAGGCCCAGGCCCAGAGGGAGCAGGAACUUGAACGCCAGCGGAAAGCGGCCGUCUCCAGAACCCCGCCCAAGCUACCCGAGUUUUAUAAGACCGGCGACCAACUCCCCUUAUCCAACUCGUUUCCAUCCGGCCUGCGCACCGAAGCUGGCUCUGUUCUCCCCGACGACCAUCAUCACGGCAUGUACUCGGGUCGCCCGUCGAUGGAGCCUAGCCAGAGUGUUGUCAGCUCUGUGCCAAUCCCUCCCAUCCCCAAUAAUGGCUGGGAUCCUUAUGCGCGAACCGAGAGCAUGACCCAUCGUGGUCGGUACAGCUACGCCAGCAGCGCCGUCAGUACCAUCAAUAGCCCUAGGAGGGUUCGGAGACGCAAGGACCCCACACCUUUCAACAUCCUGAUCAUUGGAACCCGCGGCGCAGGCAAGACAUCGUUUCUUGAAUUCCUGAAGACCGCGCUCGCCCUCCCGGCCAAGAAGCGGAGCCGCAGAACCGAGGCCGAGGAGGACACGACUCCCAGGGUCGCACCUUUCGGCAAUUUCAUCCCUCAUUACCUCGAGACGGAAAUAGAUGGCGAGCGAGUGGGACUUACGCUCUGGGAUUCGGAAGGCCUAGAGAAGAAUGUGGUCGACCUGCAAUUGAGGGAGAUGUCGGCCUUCCUGGAGAGCCGAUUUGAGGAGACCUUCGCCGAGGAAAUGAAAGUGGUGCGGUCGCCUGGCGUACAGGACACUCACGUCCAUGCUGCUUUCUUAAUCCUCGACCCGUCGCGGCUCGACCGCAACUUGGCCUCUGCCAAGGCCAUCUCCAACGGUCACAACGGCAAGUACGCCACGGCCCGGACCCCGGGUGGAGGACUGGACGAAGAUCUCGACCUUCAGGUUCUGCGCACUCUUCAGGGCAAGACGACCGUCAUCCCCGUCAUCUCCAAGGCCGACACAAUCACCACCCGGCAUAUGCAAGUCCUCAAAAAGAGUAUCUGGGAUAGCAUCAAGAAGUCCAACCUAGAUCCACUCGAGGCUCUAGGGCUCGACGAAGAGGACGACGAUUCGUCUUCCGACCGAAUCGAUGAGGUCGACGAGGACGAAUACGCCGCCGGAGAGUCGGACCAGACACCUGAAGGCGAGGAAUUGCCCAUCCAGGGCUCAGAGGAGGUCACGUCCGCACCGUCGUCCCCAUCUGCCAAACGCCUUUCCGGUCAGUCGAUCCGUCGUCACAAAGCCAAGGAAGACGAAAAGCAGGAGAAGGACGAGCUCCCGUUUUUGCCUCUUUCGAUCAUCAGCCCCGACCUGUACGAGCCGGAGAUCGCAGGCCGUCAAUUCCCAUGGGGCUUCGCUGACCCCUACAACGAGGAACACUGUGAUUUCACUAAACUAAAGGACGCCGUCUUCACCGAGUGGCGCGCCGAGCUCCGCGAGGCCAGCCGAGAACGGUGGUACGAAGGAUGGAGGACUUCUCGUCUCAAGAACCGAACAAACCGGCGAUAG